ACUAAAAUUCGUUCCAUGGAUUCUCGUCAAGGUUAAUAUUUACCAGUUGUAAAUUUCAUGGGCUGUUUGGGGUUUGUAGCCAAGCAACGCGAUCAAACUAAUUAUUAAUAACACGUAAAUAUGGUACGCACUAGUUCCGUCGUGCUAUUAACAGUAAGGUACGUUUCGAGAAUUAUCGGUGAAGAUGUCUAAACUAGUCAAGCGGAAAAUAACCGUGAACGCAGCCAAAAAUAAAACGGCGAAAACGCGGCCGAGUGUUUUCGAACGUCUCGGGAUAAAGGCUGGCACCCCGAAGGAAUACUGUCACCCUUGGGCUCAGACAGGCUCGUGUCCUUACGGCAAAGGUUGCAAGUAUUCCGCGACUCACACGCUGAUCAGCCCUUCCAAGCAGAGAGCCGCGAAAAACCAAACCGAAGUGAAACGCCGACAUGUAAAGGAGGCCCAUAAACCGAGACCUAUCGUCGCGGGCGAAGCAGAAGAAUGGGAUCAGUGGGAUCCGGAGGAAUUGGAAGAUGCCGAUGCGGAUGAUUUGGAAAAGAAACGGCAAGAGAUACAGAGAGAAUUGGAAUUGCAAAUGAAAAUGGAGCACAGGGCGAGAAAAAAGGAGAAAAAGGCAAAGAAAGAUAGCAGCCCUUCGAGCGAGUCGUGCACCUCUUCUAGCGAAUCGUCGAGCAGCAGCGAAGAGACAAGCACGAGCAGUUCGAGCUCCGACGAGGUGAAGCACAAGAAAGUGAAAAAGUUGAAGGUGAAACGGGCGAGCUCGUCGUCGUCCGAAGACCGCAGGAAACACAAAGGGAAGAAACCGCACGCUUCCAAGUCACUGACCAGGGAGAAAUCUAAAAAAACGAAACUGCCCCCUAAAGCCAAGUCCCCUUCACCGGUGCGCGUACGGAAGAAGUCCGAGACGCCCCCUAUAAAAGCCAAAGCGGCGACGCGGAAGCCGAGUCCCGAGAUGAAGUCUCCGAGGCCCCAGAGUCGAACCAGCGAUCGCAAAGAGAAAUACAGGACGCCGUCUCCGAAAGCGGCUCGCGAGAAGGAGCGAGAACGCGAAAAGGAGAAGGAACGCGAACGGGAGAGAGAGAAAGAGCGGGAACGCGAGAAAGAGAGAGAGAAGGAGAAGGAACGGGAGAGGGAGAAAGAGAGGGAGCGCGAACGGGAGAGGGCGAAACAGAGGGAGAGGGAGCGCGAACGCGAGAGGGAGAGGGACAAAAAGAAAGAUACGCGGUCGCCGAAGAGAGAGGUUAGGAAAGAUUUUAAGAGGCGCGAUUCGCCGGAAUCUACGCAUUCGAGGGAUAAAAAAAGUUCUCCAAAUAGAUCCAAAGGGGGAGGAAGUGUUUCGAGGAGGGAAUACAAGAGUCCGGCUAAAGACGAUAGGCGUGGUGAUAAAAGGGACGACAGGGAUAGGUUUAGGGGCAAAGAUAGAUCGCAAGACAAGGGCCGGCAAGAUAGGCGCGAUUCCAGGGACAGGGAAAGGGAUCGAGACAGGGAGCGCCGGUUGGCCAGGGAGGAGAGGGAAGCUGCUAGGGAGAAGGAAAGGGAGGAAGCUCUGGCGAGAUCCCAGGAGAGGCAGAAAGAGAGGGAGAGGCAACGGGAAUUGGCAAAGAAAGAAGAAGAGAGGAGGAACAGAGACAGGGGUCGGAGGGAAGAUAGGGGUUUGGAUAAACCCAAAGGCGAUAGAAUUGAAAGACUUUUGCCUCUACCCGAAGAUCGCGUCCCGCCAAGUCGCAGGGGCCACUCCGGCGAACGGGACCGCGGCGGCGAAAGGCGCAACAGGGACCGCUCGAUCGACAACCGCAAUUCCUCCAGGAAAAGUCCCGGAGGACGGGAUCGGGCGGCGGAUAGGGACCUUCACGAUCGCAACUACGACAGAAGUUACGAGAGGGAGCGGGACGCCGAUCAUGACAGAGAUAGGGAUUACCUGGGCGCGCGUCUGCGCGAUGAUAGGAGAUUGGACGACAAAGAGUACAACGGCCCGUACGGCAGGGCUCGUCACGAGGACCGACGUUACCUGGACCUGGAGGACCACUACAACGAAAGCUCCCGAGACGAGAGGUUGCCGGCCCUGGACGCCCGGGACUACGUCGACUUAGACCGCAGGUCUAGACGGGAACUGUGGGACCUGCGCAACGAAAGGAUCGACUUGGACCGCGAGCUGGACCACCGUGGAAGGACGGGCAGACGUCCCCCCGAUUGGGAGCCUCAGGACGGUUGGGACGCUAUCGAACACAAGCACGUGGUGAACGAGGACGAGUGGCGUCACUUUAACCGAAGCUUGGACAGUUGGCCGGCGUCGGAGGACCGGAGGAGGUGGUCGGGCGACUGGAGGGACAAGUCGAGGCCGAGGAGCGCGGCCUCGCACUCGCUCGAACACGCCAACGGUAAGGACGCGGGCGCAGAAGCCAGACGGAAAGAGCCGAGCCCCGCAGCUUCGGCCCGUUCGGAAGUCCCGCCCCCUCGCGAUGCCGACCCGAAGCAGGCGGCGCCGACCACGGCGGAUGCGGCCGAACCGCCUCCGGCCACCCCAAAACGUGCCGCCGAGGAACCGGCAGAGGGCGCGGGAGACGCCAAGAAGGCGUGUCUGAAGCCGGACGCCGCCGCCGCCGCCGCCCCGCCCCCGGUCCUAGAGGACGACCUCAGCGAAAUCAGCGACGACGCCGACGAAAUACUCAAUAGGGUCGAGGAGGUGCUGGAAGACGCGGGCGAGCGUCCGGGCGCCGCCGUAACGCACGCCGCCGAAGGUGACCACGCCCAGGACCAGAACGCUGCGCAAUCGCCUACCAGGUCUCCGGCCGUCAAGUCAGUGCCCAAAGACGAGUCGAUCGAGGACGAGAACAUCGACCUCGACUUCGAGGAGAUCUCCGAGGACGAGUUGGAGGAGGAGUCGAGGUCGAAAGGGAUAGGCGACGCAUUGGGCGUCGACUGGGCAAGCCUGGUGGCGGAAUCGCGACCUAGGACGAAACCCGCGAGCUCUGCAAAGUUGCGUUGGGAACCGCACAACGUCCUCGUCGAUCUGGGGAUUUCCGUGAGCUACGUCGGCGAAGACACGGUGAAGGAUAUAAUGCGAAGCCACGCGGAGGCGGAGCACAAGGAACAGCAGACGGAGGACGAAGUGGAAGAGACGGUGAAGGUGAAGUCGGAACCCGUGGAAGUGAACGGGAUCAAGCGGGAGAUUAAGGAUGAGCCCGAGGAGGAAACGAAGAACACUGAGGUGGAGGUCGAGCCCGAAGAUGUGGUGAUAUCGAGUCCGGUGGCGGCGAUCCAGGUGGCCGAUCGGGAAGAACGCCAGAUUCGGAAGAUCUUGUUUUCGAGCGUAGGCCAGUUUAGAAGGGCGCUGUCGGCCAGGCGCGACUUGAUGAUACGGCGACACCUUUGCAAUCUGCCCUUGAACGAUAGUUUCGCGGAAGCGCCGAAACGGCACGAUCCGGAACUGCUGAAACUGGCCACGCAGCUCUUCGAGAGGUGUUUGUAGGGUUAGGUAGGGCGUAUCGGUUAAAUAAACGUAUUCACUUG